AUGCGGUUGGGGAUGAGAUGAGUGGAGGAGCAGCAGAGGAAGUAGGAGGCACAGUCCAUAGUAGCUGCUCAUAACUCGCUGCGGCCGUGUGUUGUAGUGGCAACUGGACUCUGACUGAGCAGCAUCUGAACUCUCUUUUCACUCUUAUGUUGUGGUCCUGCUUGCGCCUUUUUCGCCACUUUUGUGUAAGAGCGUUGUUAGCGUUUCCUGCCUGCACUGUGAUCCAAGUUUGUCGGUUUAACCCUACUUUUAUCCUCUGCAAACAGGUUGCAAGAGGGAAACAUUUUCUGCGCGUCUUCUGCAGCUUACUUGAAUUGACCGAGAGUUUGGUCAAGAUGAUGAUAAUUAUUGCGGAGUUCUUCGUGGUCAUUUUGAAAGUGCUCUGGGCUUUUGUAACUGCCGGGGCUAAAUGGGUUGUUCGGCCCAAGGAGAAGAGCGUGGCAGGACAGGUGUGCGUGAUCACCGGGGCUGGAAGCGGCCUCGGGCGUCUCUUUGCCAAGGAAUUCGCCCGGAGACGAGCGAUACUGGUGUUAUGGGACAUAAACAGCCAAAGCAAUGAAGAAACGGCGGAGAUGGUGCGGCAGAUUUACCAUGAACUGGACGCUCCCAUAACCAAAAACGGAUCUGUUGGAGGGGUAGAGGAGGUCCCUCCUUUUCAGCCACAGGUCUACACUUAUGUGUGUGACGUUGGAAAGCGGGAGAGUGUGUAUUCUACUGCUGAGAAGGUGCGUCGAGAGGUGGGCGAGGUGGACAUACUGAUCAACAAUGCUGGUGUCGUUUCUGGCCAUCACCUUCUGGAGUGCCCCGAUGAGCUGAUCGAGCGCACCAUGGUGGUCAACUGCCACGCACACUUCUGGACCACCAAGGCGUUUCUCCCCAAGAUGCUGGAGCUGAAUCAUGGUCACAUUGUGACGGUUGCCAGCUCUUUGGGUUUAUUCAGCACAGCUGGAGUGGAGGAUUACUGCGCCAGUAAAUUCGGUGCCAUUGGGUUCCACGAGUCACUGAGCCAUGAGCUGAAGGCCUCAGAGAAAGAUGGCAUCAACAUGACUCUAGUGUGCCCUUACCUGGUCGACACGGGAAUGUUCAAAGGCUGCAGGAUAAGGAAGGAGAUUGAGCCUUUUCUGCCUCCUUUGAAGCCAGAGUUCUGCGUUAAACAGGCCAUGAGGGCUAUCCUCACUGACCAGCCCAUGAUCUGUACACCUCGCAUUGUCUAUAUGGUCAACUUCAUGAAAAGCAUCCUGCCUUUCGAGGCCAUUGUGUGCAUGUACCGGUUCCUUGGUGCUGACAAGUGCAUGUACCCCUUCCUAGCUCAAAGAAAGGAGGCCAUGAACAACAAUGAGGCAAAGAAUGGAAUCUAGGGGGCGCUGUUUGCAAAACGAACAGGGGUACAUAAACGUGCAAGCAUGAGGAAACAACCACUGAGGCUGAAAAUGGGAAGGAAGAAGAAAAGACUGAAUCUAGACUGGUGCACUUGCAUUGAGCAAAUGCAAAAGUUUACCAUAUUGUUCCUCUGGAACAAAAAAGCUGUAUACUACACAAAGGAUUUAUUUGACUUUGUUUUUGUUUUUUAUUUUUUUUUUAAAGAAACAAACAUCUAUAUACUACUUCACUAGUUUUGAAAUCAUACAGAAAAGAUAUCAAAUUAUGAACUAUUUACAUAAUGUAGUCACCAGCCUUAUCUAGUGUCAUUGUGGAAGUAUACAGUAUGUUACUGUACAAACAGUAAAAAUCUUUUCUUUUUUGUAGACAUGCACUGUAAUU